UUUUAUUUCUUUAUUUUAUUUUAUUUUAUUUUUUGUUCAAUUAUCGUAGCAGACACGGGAAGAUUUUAGAGCGUCGUUUGUCAAGAAAAGCCUCACCAAGCUCGCCUUCGUAGUACCGCUUUCUCAUCUUCAACCAUGCUGAAGACCACGCGAACAAUGCGCGCACGAGCUGCCUGCGCGUUCAUUGCGCUGGUGCUCAUGGCUGGCAUUGCUCGCGCCGGACCCGGAACACUCAGACUGACAUUCUAUGGAGUGAACGGCAAUGACGAUUGCGAUGGUUGGUUGCAGAAAUGUGACUUUCAAGUGCAAUCCAUCUUCGCAUACACCACAACUUCUGGUACGACCACCAACAAAGUUGGUCUACCCGAGAAGGGCAACGAUGAUUCCCCUCGCUGGAAUUAUGCUUUUCCCGCAACGGUUUUCCCCACAUUCUCGGGAUCCAUCACUUUCAGCAUUGAUUUGAUCGAAAACGAUUCGGGUUUGAAUGGUGAUAAUGACGACUACGGUGCGGUUACGUACAACGUUGCAGUCACUGCAGGUGCUGCAGCAAAGGAUGUGACUCUGGGUGGCUUUUGGUACGUUACCAACGUCUACAUCAACGUGCAGUUCACCUGCAGCCCCGACUACUAUGGCAACACUUGCGACACCCAAUGUUCGACAAACUCUGGCAACUGCAACAACUGCAACUCUGCGGGAGCCUGUACCUCCUGUGCCACUGGGUACACUGGCACUGUCUGGCCUUGCACUCUAACUCCCAACUGGUGCACCAUUCCCGGAACGGCUGUUGGCGCUGGCACGAGAAACUGUGCCAACACCAUCAAUGGCGUUUGCACAACCUCCUGCAACACUGGUUACACACUGAGCCCUGGCACGGCAGCUUCGACGACGUGCCUCUCGUCGCGGGCGUGGUCUUCAGGCAACCCUGGCGUCUGUGUCGUCAACAACAAUUACUGCACUGCCAAGGCAGCUCCGGCGAACGGCCAAAUGUCCUGCACAAACUUUUUCGCCUUGAACUCCGUCUGCUCCUUCUCUUGCAACAACGUUGGCUUUACCUUUGCUGGAGCUUCCUCGCUCACUUGCAACAGCAACACACAAGCCUCUGGAUCCUGGUCUGCUGGCACAGACGCAACGUGCACGCUCAUCACCAACUUUUGCCCAACGCUCCCCAUCACAAACGGCGUCACCUCGUACAGCACCCUCGAUCAGCGGCUCGGCAGUGUUGCGAGCUUUACUUGCAAUACUGGCUACACGAUUUCUGAUGCCUCUCGCACGGCAACUUGCCAGACGGGCAAGACCUGGUCCAACUCGGCACCCACCUGCACAGCCACGCCUGGCUGGUGCGCUCCGUCUGCAGUCAACCCGUCCAACGGCAAUGUCCUUUGCUCGGCAUCUGACACGAUUUCUUCGACUUGCACGUACUCUUGCAACAACGGAUAUGAUCUUGGAGGUGCCGCGUCCACGCAGUGUCAGUCCUCCCGCUCCUGGAGUGCCGCUCCGUGGACCACUUGCCAGCCCAAGUCGCCUUAUUGUCUGCAGCCUCCGACUCCUCAGUUCGCAUCUGCAUCGACGUGCACGCGCACCAUUGGUGGCACUUGCACGUUCCUUUGCAACAAUGGCUAUACUCAAACCAGUGGCGACCUGUCCCUGACCUGUGCGUCUGGCUCAGUGUCUCAGGGCACCUGGAAUGGAAACUCUGUCGUCUGUGGUCUGAAACCCGCGUACUGCCCCACCAUCAGUUCGAUCGCCAACGGCGCCAUCAGUUCGUACACGACCACGCUCGGCUCGGUCGCAACGUUCUCGUGCCAGCCGGGCUUCAUCCUGACGGGCGCUACUUCGACAAUGUGCUCGGCUCUGAACGCGGCCAAUGGUCAGUGGAGCAACGCCAACCCGACCUGCGUUUAUGAUGAAGCGUACUGCCCUGUCCCCGCCACGUACUCGCACGGAACUGCAAGCUGCGGUGCUACGCCCCGCCGCAUCGGUACCACGUGCACGUACGCUUGUGACUUGGGCUACAUCACUGCGCCCUCGACGCCUGCCUCGGCCAUUUGCGCUUCCGGUGCGACCUGGUCCUCGACGCCGGCCGCUGCGCCCGACUGCGUGGAAAACUUGGCCUUCUGCCCCGACUCGCAGUCCGCCGAUGCGCAUGGCUCUGUGAGCUGCUCCAACUCGCGCGCUCGUGGCUCGACAUGCACUGCGCAGUGCAAUGCUGGUUACCAGCUGGUGGGCGAUCAGACAACCACAUGUCUGGACUCUGCAGCGUGGUCCAAGCCUCGACCUGCUUGCGCCAUUAUUGACAACUACUGUGGUGCUGCUCCAAUUGCCCCCAACGGCCGCACCGAUUGUACCGGCAGCGGUAUCGGCACGGUGUGCACCUUCAACUGCAAUGAUGGCUUCCAGCGCGCCUCGGGCGCGGCCACCACCGCUUGCCAGACCAACACUCAGUGGAGCGUCGCCACGGCCACGGCUUGCACGCUCAUUACCAACUACUGCCCUGCCCUCACUGCGCCGACGAAUGGUCUCAUCCAAGCAGGUUGCUCUCGGUCCAUCACGAGCCAGUGCUCGUUUGCUUGCUCGUCCGGCUUUAUUCUGACGGGUGCCACCACCAUUGCUUGUCAAGGCGGAGCAACUUGGACUCAGCCGGCCCCGACCUGCACUGCCGUUUCCAACUUUUGCGCCUCGUCGCUGGUCGCCCCCGCAGAUGGCACGAUGAACUGCGCGGGUUCUGCGCAAGUCGGCGACACCUGUACCUUCAGCUGCAACGUUGGUUUUGCGCUUUCCGGCCAGGCCACGAGCACCUGCACGAGUCUGGGCUCUUACUCGUCGGUCGCUCCGUUGUGCCUCCCGAUUGAAGAGUACUGCACUGGCAACAGCUUCCCGACCAACGUCGCGUCCGUCUCGUGCUCUCGUCGCAACACCAUCAGCUCGACCUGCACUUACGCGUGUGCUCUCGGCUACUCUAUUGUCGGUGGCGUACCCGCCUCUUCCAUCUCUUGCAAUGCCAACAAUGCUACCCGCGGUGUGUGGAGCGGUGCUGUUCCUCAAUGCGCCGCCGUCCCGUUCUGCCCGGCCCUGGCCACCCCCACCAACGGCACCAUGAGCUGCAGUUCCACCAACACCAUCAACUCGGUCUGCACCUUUACAUGCGGGCUGGGCUUUGUGAUGAAUGGCGGCUCGUCUACGCAAUGCACUAGCACCGGCCUGUGGAGUUCGUCCGUGCCGUCUUGCCAGGCGAUUGAGCAUUACUGCAACGCGGCCGCCAUUCUUGCGCCCGAGCAUGGCAGUGUGCUGUGCUCCAUUCGCGAUACAGUUGGCUCCUCGUGCGCGUUUGGGUGCGAUCCCGGCUAUGGUCUCAGCCACACCAACCAAUUGCAAUGUGCUGCCGUGUCGAGCUUGUCUGGCUCUUGGUCGACAACCGCGCCCACUUGCAGUCUUUUGCCAAACUAUUGCUCGACACUCUCUUCCCCGGCCAACGGUGCUCUCACUUGCGACAAGGGCUCGUCUCUGGGCUCUGUCUGCACGACCUCCUGCAUGCCCGGCUUCCUGGUCAGCAACUCUUCGCUGCCCUUGUGCACUGUCGACACCACUUGGUCGUCCUCGCAGCCAGUCUGCGCUGCGUGCCCCAGCUGCAGCGGAAAUGGUGUUUGCGCGCUGGAUGGUGUCACUCAGACUGCUUACUGCAUCUGCAACAGCGGCUUCACCGGUCCCAACUGCAACCAGUGCAUUUCCGGUCGCUACGGCCCGACCUGCGCUUUCUGUCCCAGCUGUCAGAAUGGCGGCAUCUGCAACGACACGAUCUCUGGAAACGGCUUCUGCACGUGCACUGGCUCGUUCACGGGAACGCUGUGCACGCAGUGUCUCCCCGGCUUCUGGGGCGCGUCGUGCUCGGCUUGCCCUGCCUGCCAACGAGGUGUGUGCAGCGAUUCGGUUACCGGCUCUGGCCAGUGCGUGUGCCAAGAAGGUGCUUCAGGCGCACUUUGCGACGAAUGCGCGCCAAAUUACUACGGCCCAACCUGCACGUCGUGCCCGUUGUGUUACAGCGGAACCUGUGCGGACGGCGUUUCUGGGAAUGGUACCUGCGUGUGCGAUGAAGGAUUUACUGGAGGCGCGUGUGACAAUUGCGUUCCUGGACACUAUGGCGUCAGCUGCACCGCGUGCCCUGCCUGCGUGCAUGGCACGUGUCGCGACGGUAUGACUCGAGAUGGCGCUUGCGUCUGCGACGCCAACUAUGGCGGCGCUCUGUGUGACGAUUGCAUCCCAGGCCGGUUCGGCGCGUCAUGCACCGCAUGCCCUUCCUGCUACUCUGGAACUUGCAACGACGGCCUGGCGGGUGAUGGUUUGUGCUCCUGCCCAGCGGGCUUUGCUGCUGGCGCUUGUGACACUUGCUUGUCUGAUCACUAUGGUCGCAAUUGCACCGCUUGUCCUCACUGCGACUCGCCCAGCACCUGCAACUCUGGCUAUAGUGGCGACGGCUCGUGUGUCUGUGCCGGCGGCUACGCCGGUGCAAGUUGUCAAAACUGUGCAUCGGGUCGCUACGGUCCGACCUGCCUGCCUUGCCCUGCAUGCUUGCAUGGUGCUUGCAACGAGACGAAGACUGGCAACGGCCAAUGCAUCUGCAGCACUGGCUUUACGGGCGCUAACUGCCAAUUGUGCCAGUCUGGCUAUUUUGGCUCGUCGUGCACAGCGUGUCCCAACUGCCACACUGGUUCUUGCGACGAUGGUAUCAGCGGCAGCGGUGUGUGCUCUUGCCCCUCCCCCUUCACUGGCGCCAACUGCACGGACUGUCAGAGGGGCUACUACUUGUCGGGAGCCUCGUGCGUUGCUUGCGAGAGCGGUAACUAUUGCGUGAACAACAUCAAGUAUACUUGCCAACCUGGCUCCUAUCAACCCUCCACUGGACAAAGCGAAUGCUCCGCUUGCUCUAUCGGAACGGCCCAAUCUGCUUCUGGCCGAACGAGCUGCUCUGCUUGCCCGAACGGUCAGUUCCAAAAUCUUCCUGGCCAAGCCAACUGCACCCUUUGCGAGUCUGGCAGCUUUGCCGUGUCUAGUGUGGGCGGCACUGCCAGCUGCUCCAAGUGCUUGCCCGGUACGUUUGCUGCUGGGCUUGGCAAUAGCGAUUGCGACCCGUGCGGCUCUGGACUCUACCAAGCCUCCUAUGGCAAGGGCACGUGCGACCUUUGCAAUCCUGGCGAGGUCCCUGGAAACGGCGCGCGCUCAUGCGUUCCUUGUGCGCCUGGCACCAACCUAACCGUUCCUGGCGCGGCCAGUUGCUCGGGAUGCCCAAUGGGUUAUGCUCAGCCAGAUCAGGGUGCGACCACUUGCCUCCCGUGCGGUCCCGGCUACGAGGCCCGCACGACCGGCAAGGCGAAUUGCGAUCCUUGCUCGGCUGGCUCGUUCAGCACCGGUCUCAGCAACACUGCGUGCUCUGUGUGCGCGGCCGACUCGUACCAAGACGAGACUGGCAAAACCUCUUGCAAGUCGUGCCCAGGGUCGUCCAGCACGCUCGGUGUGAGUGGCGCAACAUCCGUCGCCCAGUGCGUUUGCGCGCCAGGCUACCGCUGGGAUGGCGCGCUGUCCGUUUGCAGCCCGUGCGAGAUGGGCUCGCGCUGCGUCAAUGGCAUCCAAACUGCUUGCACGGCCGGAACCUACCAACCGAAUACGACGCGCUCAACGUGCGAGCCGUGUCCUGCAGGCUCGAUUUCGACCAGCCCCGGAGCAGUCAUGUGCACUGGAUGCGGUAGCAGUCAGUAUCAGCCCCUGCCUGGCAAGACAUCGUGUCAAUCGUGCCCCCAGCGCUCGUCGCAUUCGAGCACGCACGAAACGUCGGUUUCGGCGUGUGUUUGCCAAGUGGGCUACUCGUUGAACACCAACCUGCUUCAAUGUGUCGGUAUCAACUGCCACAACCCGAUCCCGACUGCUGGUAUGUUUGCCAACUGCUCGGCUGGUACGCUCUUCCCCGCCACUUGCCGAGUCUCGUGCGUGGCUGGCUUUGAUACCAACUACGACAUGCCAACCAACACAAGCAGCAUCAGUUGCACCGUCUUUGGCAACUGGACUCGUUACCCGCUUCACUGCUCUGUGUCGGACGAUUCAAACCAGCUGGUGUUUGGACCCGACGGCCAAUUGAGCGUUGCUGCGAUUGCUGCGAUUGCCGUUGUGUUGAUUCUUGUGGCACUGCUCCUGGCCUUAGUCUUGUAUCGCAAAAAGCGCUACGGACAUGUCUGGACGGACGGACUCAGUUUCCGUGGCCUCGAUCCCAAGAAUGUCAUUCGCAUCAAAGGCGGCGGUUACAUUCCCCAAGCCAAGAGCAGCACUUCGAUUCUUGGCAACAAGGUGUUCUUGUCGGAAGACGACAUCAAGCAGAUGCCUGCGCACAUUCAGGCAACGUUGAAUGGCAACACGGAAUCAGGAGAGAUGUACAACAAUCCCAUCUUUGAGGAUCCCCAACUCGAAGACCCUCAAACGCAACUGGAAAAGGCCAUGGAAGCCGGAUAUGAGCCUGAACCAUUUGCGCUCGCGAGCGGCAGCUUCUCGUUUGCUGGUCAGCGCUUCAGCAGCAUUCGGAUGUAGCCAGUUAUUUUCUUUGGGAGUUGUGUGCGACCCAUCUUGUGUUUUUUUGCAGUUAUCGUCGUGGACUCAGCUCUUCUCUCUUUCCCCUCUCGUGCCCUGUGUUAGCUUUGUGAAUAAUAAUCUCUUUUUCUUGUUC